GCAGAACUCCAAGUCAAAUAUGUCAUCAUGAAGUAAGUGUAAUAUAUCCUUUUUCUUCGUUUCUCUGAAGCCCCAGCCAACUUUUCUUUCGCAUUCACCAGAGUAUCCACUUUAUCACUCACAGCAUGUCUUGGGCACAAAGAGAAAUUCGCUUAAAAGAACGUAGAAGAGGCUGUCAUCUGAUUCAUAAUGAAAUUGUCGGUCAGUUACCGGAAUUAAAGUCCUUCAAAGUUGGUAUGGCCAACUUUUUCUUACAACACACGUCAGCUUCACUUAUGGUCAACGAGAAUGCAGAUCCUGACGUUCAAAAAGAUAUGGAGAUGGGAUUAAACAGGAUUGUCCCUGAAAGCUUUCCUUAUAUCCAUACAGAUGAAGGACCUGAUGAUAUGCCUGGUCACUUGAAGUCCGGUAUUGUAGGUGUCUCUUUGAAUAUUCCUAUCACGAAUGGUAAACUAAAUCUGGGAACGUGGCAAGGUAUUUACCUCUGUGAGCAUCGUAAUCACGGUGGUUCACGACGCGUUGUAGUCACUAUGCAAGGGCAGAAAUAAAAUUCUAUGAGUAGGAAGGAAAAAAUGAUGGUUAUUGUAGCAUAUAAAUAUCGAGUUUUUCUACGUAUGCGCAG